AUGGGCCUUCGCCGAUUGUCGACCAGCGAUGAACAGGAUCUGGUGGUUAUUGGCGGGGGCCCUGGUGGCUAUGUGGCAGCCAUCAAGGCCGCCCAGCUGGGCAUGAAGGUCACCUGCGUGGAGGGCCGGGGCGCCCUGGGCGGCACCUGCCUCAAUGUGGGCUGCAUUCCAUCCAAGGCGCUGUUGCAAUCCAGCCACAAAUUCUGGGAAGCAAAGAAGCACUUUGCCAAACAUGGCAUCAUCACAGGUGAGGUGAGCGUCGAUGUUGAGAAGAUGCUGGAGCAGAAGCAAAAUGCUGUCACGGGGCUGACCAAGGGCAUCGAGCUCCUAUUCAAGAAGAACAAGGUGUCCUAUUCAAAGGGCUGGGGGAAGAUAUUGAAUCCUAACACUGUCGAGGUGGCAUUGAGUGAAGGGGGAACAACAGCCAUACCUGCAAGAAGGAUUCUGAUCGCCACCGGCUCGGAGGUGACGCCGAUCCCGGGGGUGGCCAUUGAUGAAGAGAAGAUUGUUUCCUCCACUGGUGCACUCGAGAUCAAAGAAGUGCCAGAGAAAAUGGUGGUCAUCGGUGGUGGUUACAUUGGGCUGGAGAUGGGCUCGGUGUGGGGUCGCCUUGGCUCGCAAGUCACAGUCGUAGAAUUCUUGGACAAGAUUGUCCCCACCAUGGACUCUGAAAUCCGCCGAGCAUUCCAGAGAUCCCUUGAGAAGCAGGGCAUGAAGUUCAUGCUGAAGACAAAGGUGACGGAUUCAGAGAUGGCGGAUGGCAAGGUGAAGCUCACAGUGGAGCCUUCCCAGGGAGGCGAUUCCACGGAACUUGAGGCGGAUAUCGUGCUGGUGUCGGCGGGCCGUCGGCCUUACACUGCUGGGCUGGGUCUUGAAGAAGUGGGCGUGAAGGCCAACGAACGUGGCGUCAUCCAGGUGGACGAGAACUUUCAAACGAACGUCCCUGGCAUUUAUGCCAUUGGUGACUGCAUCCCCGGGCCCAUGCUGGCUCACAAGGCAGAAGAAGAUGGCGUGGCUGCCGUGGAGAUAAUGAACGGGCAGGCAGGCCACGUGAACUACAACACUGUGCCAGGCAUCGUGUACACCUGGCCGGAAGUGGCGAUGGUGGGCAAGACGGAGGAUGAGCUGAAGGAACAGAAAAUCAAGUACAAAGUGGGGAAGUUCCCCUUCAUGGCAAACAGCAGGGCGCGUGCAGUGGAGGAUACUGAGGGCAUGGUGAAGUUUGUGUCUGAUGCAGCAACCGACAAGAUUCUUGGUGCCCACAUUAUGGGGCCCAACGCUGGAGAACUGAUCCACGAGUGUGUGAUGGGAAUGGAAUACGGGGCAUCCACAGAGGACAUUGCCCGGACUUGCCACGGCCACCCCACGCUGAGCGAGGCCGUGAAGGAGGCAGCCAUGGCCACCUACUCCAAGCCCAUCCACUCGUGA